UCUGGGAGACCAGAUAUAGUGAAUGCAGGGUUCGGGGAGCGCGGAUAUAGUGAAUGCAGGGUCCGGGGAGAGCGGAUAUAGUGAAUGCAGGGUCUGGGGAGACCAGAUAUAGUGAAUGCAGGGUUCGGGGAGCGCGGAUAUAGUGAAUGCGGGGUCCGGGGAGAGGGGAUAUAGUGAAUGCAGGGGUCCGGGGAGACCAGAUAUAGUGAAUGCAGGGUUCGGGGAGCACGGAUAUAGUGAAUGCAGGGUCCGGGGAGAGCGGAUAUAGUGAAUGCAGGGUCCGGGGAGAGCGGAUAUAGUGAAUGCGGGGUCCGGGGAGACCGGAUAUAGUGAAUGCAGGGUCCGGGGAGAGGGGAUAUAGUGAAU